CAACAAUGGCAGGUGAAGACUGUGUAAGAAAACGCCAGUCUGGCUCUACUGCAACCUGCAAGACCCCUGAGAAUGAAGAAACGCAGAAGAGAUCUGAGAGUGAGAGGUCAUUUCAAAACUCAAGCAAUGGCCGGGUUGAUGUUGACCAUGUGAUAACAAGGAAAAUGCAGCUAAUAGCAGAAGCAGAGCAAUUGAAGCCAGCUUUCAUGAAGGAAGUGGACAGUCACUUCACAGAGUUUGUGAACAGUUUGGUAGCAAAAUCAGCACUCCUGGACUCCUCAUCUUCAGCCUCCCUCUUCCCAGCUUCCUGCUCAGAGAAGGAACUGCACAAAGCCAAGACCUCCAGGGCCCCUCCUGAACAUGGGAAGUUCUUUACUCCCAGAAGGUCCCUCUUGGAUGAGCUGUUUGAAGUGAGUCACAUCAGGACAAUUUACCACAUGUUCAUUGCUCUUCUCAUCGUCUUCAUCCUGAGCACACUUUUAGUAGACUUCAUUGAUGAAGGAAGGCUGGUCCUAGGAUUUGAUCUCUUGAUCUUUGUUUUUGGAAAGUUCCCAGUCGUCUUCUGUACUUGGCUGUGCAUGUUCUGUGCCACAGUUAUUGUUCCAUACAACCUUUUUGUCUGGUGGGCCCAAGGCUAUUGCAGCUCCUCCCAUCGUGUAAUCCACUCCCUGUUUUAUGUGAUGUUGCUCACACUCUUCCAAACAGCUGGACUUGGAGUUGGACCAACCUAUAUUGCUGUAUCAUAUGCCCUGCCUCCAGCUUCCCGUUUUAUUGUGAUACUGGAACAGGUUCGUCUUGUUAUGAAGGCUCAUUCAUUUGUCCGGGAGAAUGUACCCAGAGUCCUGUCCUGUGUAAAGGACAAGUCCAGCACAGUACCUAUUCCCAGAAUUUCUCAAUACCUGUACUUCCUCUUUGCUCCUACCCUCAUCUACAGAGACAACUAUCCCAGGAAUCCUGUGAUAAGAUGGGGCUACGUAGCUACCAAGUUUGCACAGGUGCUUGGUUCACUUUUCUAUGCCUACUACAUCUUUGUGAGACUCUGCAUUCCUCAGUUCCGCAACAGUAGUCAAGAAACCUUCAAUCUUCGAGGGCUGGUCCUCUGCAUCUUCAAUUCCAUUCUGCCAGGUGUACUGAUUCUCUUCCUGGUAUUCUUUGCGUUCCUUCACUGUUGGCUUAAUGCAUUUGCUGAGAUGCUGCGCUUUGCUGAUAGGAUGUUCUACAAGGACUGGUGGAACUCCACUUCCUAUGCAAACUACUACCGAACCUGGAACGUGGUAGUACAUGACUGGCUCUAUUACUAUGCCUACAGGGACUUCCUUUGGUUUUUUGGUAAGAAGUUCAAAGCAGCAGCUAUGCUGUCUGUCUUCACGGUGUCAGCUGCUGUGCACGAAUAUGUUCUGAGCAUCUGCUUCGGAUUCUUCUAUCCAGUUCUCUUUUGCCUGUUUAUGUGCUUUGGAAUGCUCUUCAACUUCAUCCUUAAUGACCGGCGGAAGGGGCCCAUCUGGAACGUGAUCAUGUGGACGUCCCUCUUCCUGGGCCAAGGUGUCAUCAUUUGUCUCUACAGCCAGGAGUGGUACGCCCGCCAGUACUGCCCCGUGGAGAAUCCCACGUUCCUGGACUACUUAAAACCACGCUCAUGGUCAUGUCACAUGAAGAUGUAAAAAUGGUGUGCUCUGGCCUGUCAUCACAGAAAAUUGGAGUUGUCCUCUGAGUAUUUGGACCAAUGACCUAACUCACUAUGGACUUUUUCUAAGGGAAGUUGUGCCUCUUGAUCACUGGGGAGAAACUGUAAUUUUUUUUAAACAUUACUGAAGCAAGCCAGUUGACCUGGAUUGUAACAAGCUUCAUAGGCAGCAUCUGCUACAUGCUGUCCCACUUUGAGCCAUUUCCAUGUCAGUAAAACAUCAAGCUGAAGGUGGCGUCUACUGGAAUCCUCCUCAUCCAGGGGUUCCCCCACGUUGCUGCUCUUCUGG